AUGGAUUCAACAGGCAGUUUCUUCAGUAAACUGCGAGCCUUGGCGAUCACAUUGGAGAGACAGGCUGAGCAGCUGAAGCAAGCUUUUCGUGGAGACGAGACAGAAUUUGAGGAUGACUCCCCAAUGAGGUAUUUACAUGAACUGUACUCGGAAGUCAGGACACUAAAGGGUGAAGCUGAUAAUGUUCUUAAGAAGAAAUCUGAAGAAAGGGAUGCUACAUACGACUUCAUAAAGGCUAGCAAAGUUCUAAUGAACAGUAAUGCAACAGACCUUGGAAAAAUAAGAGAUCUUUUUGAGAAAUAUGGAUACCAGUCAAUUAUUAGGGAAGAAGCAACAAAAGAUGAAGCUGAAACUGAUCCUGAACCUGUCAAGUCUGAUCAAGAGGAAAUGAAAAACCUCGCUUGCCCAGAAAACUCUUCCGGGCCUGAUCCUCUGGUGCGGAUUCCACAACUUUCAGAUUUUGGGCUUUCAAAAUAUGCUCUCCCCAGUACUUGGAACGCUAUGCAUAUAUUACCCCAAGCCCAUGUACAAAAGGAAGAGCCAAGAGAGGACGACUCUGGGUGCCCAUCCCCCAAGGUAGAACAGUUCUGUAUGAAUGGACGUGACCUUUGUGUGGAUGACGACACUGCAUAUUUAACCGAAGACCAAACAAUCUUCCUGCUCAACAAUGUGAAAAAAACUAGGCAAGCUAAUGAGAUGAAUGGGCCAUCAAUGGUGUCAGCAUCCAAAGAGAACCUAUCUACACCUGGGCAAAAGAGUAAAGUGCGUGAUUAUGAUUACAUGGCUUCACCUGCGGCACCCACUUUUCGUACGCCUGGCGUGAAAGUCCCCUCCAGAAAGAACACCGCUUUACCAAAAUCCCCAGAGAGUAACAAGUUGGAUACAUCUAAUCAUACAGAUGAAGUUACUCAUCCAAAUCCUCUGCCUGUGGAAAAAGAGCCUGAACAAGCAUGUGUCAUCCAGACGGUACCAAAUAAAAGAUACGUGGAAGAAGCUGUUGCAUCUGUCCUGCCCUCAAGCAAGUGUCUGGACUAUCCUGAAACGCCUGCUCCUCCUGCAAUAUCAGACUAUAGAAACAUACUCACCUCUCCUCCACCAGCUCCUGAAAUAACUGUGAUUCCAACGCAAAUGCUGCAGAUUUUAUCAAAGUACAACUCAAACACAGAACCACCCAGAUCAGCCGGGAAGCUGAAUAAUGAAGGGAUUUCUGCAGAGUUUGAAAGAAGGCCUGCACUUGGUGUCAGUAACAAAGAAAACAGAAUGGUUGUCACUUUGGACAGCUCAAGAAAUGGAAUAGAAAACUACGUGGGAAAAGAAUAUAGAUUUUUUUGUAUUAAUGAGUGGCCCUAA